AUGGCUACCGUCUCUCAGUGUUUUGGAGCUACUUCGGCUGCUAUAUCGGUCUCCUCCAACUCAAGGAAGCUUCACCUCCCUUCUCGCAGAUCCCUCCCAGGGAGGAAAGCGAGCUUCUUUGUUGUCAGAUCUGAUUCCGGGUCUAAGUCGGGUCCGAAUUCGAGAGCUCGUCGGGCCGAUCAGCUAAUUACCAAUGCUGUUGCAACGAAGGCUGAUAGCGCUGCGGCUUCGACGGCAUCGAAACCUGGGCACGAACUUCUGCUUUUUGAGGCCCUACGUGAAGGAUUGGAAGAAGAGAUGGCUAGGGAUCCCACUGUAUGUGUAAUGGGUGAAGAUGUGGGACACUAUGGAGGAUCGUACAAGGUGACCAAAGGCCUGGCUGAUAAGUAUGGAGAUCUCAGGGUUCUUGAUACUCCUAUUGCUGAGAACUCCUUUACAGGUAUGGGUAUUGGAGCUGCCAUGACUGGUCUGAGACCAAUUAUCGAGGGUAUGAACAUGGGAUUUCUCCUUCUAGCCUUUAACCAGAUCUCCAACAACUGUGGUAUGCUCCACUACACUUCUGGGGGUCAGUUUAAAAUUCCAGUAGUUAUUCGUGGUCCUGGUGGAGUGGGAAGGCAACUUGGGGCUGAGCACUCGCAACGUCUAGAGUCCUAUUUUCAGUCGAUUCCUGGAAUCCAAAUGGUAGCAUGCUCAACCCCUUACAAUGCCAAAGGUUUGAUGAAAGCUGCCAUUCGAAGUGAUAACCCAGUGAUUCUUUUUGAGCAUGUGUUGCUAUACAAUCUCAAGGAGAGAAUUCCAGAUGAAGAAUAUGUGUGUUCUCUUGAGGAAGCUGAGAUGGUUAGGCCUGGGGAGCAUGUCACUAUAUUGACAUACUCUCGGAUGAGGUAUCAUGUGAUGCAGGCUGCCAAAACUUUGGUGAAUAAGGGUUAUGAUCCAGAAGUGAUUGAUAUUAGGUCGUUGAAACCAUUUGAUCUUCACACAAUAGGAAAUUCAGUGAAGAAAACACACCGUGUGCUGAUUGUCGAGGAGUGCAUGCGGACGGGUGGAAUUGGUGCUAGCUUGACUGCAGCAAUCACUGAGAACUUCCAUGAUUAUCUAGAUGCCCCUAUUAUAUGCCUGUCUUCACAGGAUGUUCCCACUCCAUAUGCCGCAACAUUGGAGGAAGUGACUGUUGUUCAACCUGCCCAGAUUGUGACGGCAGUUGAGCAGCUCUGCCAGUAA